AUGACAGGUCGCGGAAAAGGCGGGAAAGGUUUAGGAAAGGGUGGGGCUAAAAGACACAGGAAAGUGUUGCGCGACAACAUCCAGGGUAUUACUAAACCGGCUAUCAGAAGAUUGGCGCGACGUGGCGGGGUGAAAAGGAUUUCUGGUUUAAUAUACGAGGAGACCAGAGGAGUUUUAAAAGUGUUUUUGGAAAAUGUCAUUCGCGACGCAGUUACGUACACGGAACACGCCAAAAGGAAGACCGUUACGGCAAUGGAUGUAGUGUACGCUUUGAAGCGGCAAGGGCGGACGUUGUACGGUUUCGGCGGAUGA